AUGCUGAAUCUCACCAACCUUCGCACUUUGAUUUCUCGUGUGCUCGCUCCGCCAAAUCUACACACUGUUGCCCUGUUCACGCCGGAAGGAGAGCUGGUGUGUUACGCCUCCGACCCCAGUAAGACGAAGGACCAUGUCCGAGUGAUCGUGGGCCUAUCCACCGAGACCUGGCAAGAGACUCGGGAACAGCAUGUCGGUAGGGUGGAUUCAGAGCUUGGCCACCUGCUUGUGCUCCCCAUAGAGCCACCGAAGAAGGAUGACAAGGACGACGAUGACGACCCCCUGAUGCUGCUCGCGCUGAACUCCGAGACCAGCAUUCCAUGGGACGUCUUGGAGAACAAAGGCAGAACGUUGGUUGAACACCUGGAGAAGCCGGUCGCGCAACUCAGCCAGACACUUGCCGCCCCUCCUGCU